AUGCGUGCUCUGCUCGUUCAGGGAUGUGACGCCUCCGUGCUGCUGGUGUCCGCCAACGGCACGGCCGAGCGCGACGCGGCCCCGAACAAGCCGAGCCUCCGGGGAUUCGAGGUGAUCGACGCCGCCAAGGCCGCCGUGGAGAAGAGCUGCGCGCGCACCGUCUCCUGCGCCGACAUCGUGGCCUUCGCCGCGCGCGACAGCAUCAACCUCACCGGGCAGGCCGCGUACCAGGUCCCCUCGGGCCGGCGCGACGGCAACUUCUCCCUCGACCAGGACGCGCUCAACAACCUGCCCCCGCCCACGUUCACGGCGCAGCAGCUCGUCGACCGCUUCGCCAACAAGACCCUCACCGCCGAGGAGAUGGUCAUCCUCUCCGGCGCCCACACCGUGGGCCGCUCCUUCUGCAGCUCCUUCCUCGCCCGCAUCUGGAACAACACCACCGCCACCGUGGACACGGGGCUGAGCCCGGCGUACGCGGCGCUGCUGCAGGCGCUGUGCCCGUCGAGUCCGAACGCGGCCACGACGACGGCGGUCGACCCGACCACGCCCGCGGUGCUGGACAACAACUACUACAAGCUCCUGUCGCUCAACCUCGGCCUCUUCUUCUCCGACAACCAGCUGCGGACCAACGCGACGCUCAACACGUCCGUGAACAGCUUCGCGGCGAACGAGACGCUGUGGAAGCAGAAGUUCGUGGCGGCCAUGGUGAAGAUGGGGAACAUCGAGGUGCUCACGGGCACCCAGGGGGAGAUCCGGCUCAACUGCAGCGUCGUCAACAACCGGUCGUCGGUGGCAGCCCCCGAGAUUCACCACUACUACUCGGGAUCCACCGCCUCCAUCAAGGAGAUCGCGACCAGCUGA